CGCCUUUUCCCGGUUUGACCGUAAACGUCGCCACCAGCUCCAGGUCAGCUGAUAGUUUGGAGGAGAGGAGGACCGUGAAGUUAUCGGGUUUGUGAACCAGGAAUUCAUUGACCUCAUUACUUAACUCUAAACCAAAAAAGGGAAGCCAUUAUUGGCGUGAGAGAACUCGGUGGGAGUGUUCACCAUGGCCAGUGAGGACUGAGGGACAGCAACGAUGAUCGGAGGACUGUUCAUCUACAACCACAAGGGAGAGGUGCUGAUCUCCCGCGUCUACCGCAAUGACAUAGGGCGUAACGCGGUGGAUGCGUUCCGUGUGAACGUGAUCCACGCCCGGCAGCAGGUGCGCUCCCCGGUCUCCAACAUCGCCCGCACCUCCUUUUUCCACGUCAAGCGCUCCAACAUCUGGCUGGCCGCCGUCACCAAGCAGAACGUCAAUGCUGCCAUGGUGUUUGAGUUCCUCUACAAGAUGUGUGAUGUCAUGGCUGCCUACUUUGGGAAGAUCAGCGAGGAGAACAUCAAGAACAACUUUGUCCUCAUCUACGAGCUGCUGGACGAGAUCCUGGACUUUGGUUAUCCCCAGAACUCAGAGACAGGAGCUCUAAAAACCUUCAUAACCCAACAAGGCAUCAAGGGCCAGCACCAGACCAAGGAGGAACAGUCCCAGAUCACCAGCCAGGUGACUGGGCAGAUCGGCUGGAGGCGAGAGGGCAUCAAGUACCGCCGCAACGAGCUCUUCCUGGACGUGCUGGAGAGCGUCAACCUGCUGAUGUCUCCCCAGGGUCAGGUGCUGAGCGCCCACGUGUCGGGCCGCGUGGUGAUGAAGAGUUACCUGAGUGGGAUGCCAGAGUGCAAGUUCGGCAUGAACGACAAGAUCGUCAUCGACAAGCAGGGCAAGGGCGGGGUCACCGACGAGGCUGGGAAGAGUGAGUUAGGGGGAAGCAGUGGGAAGCAGUCCAUAGCCAUCGAUGACUGCACCUUCCAUCAGUGUGUGCGACUCAGCAGGUUUGACUCUGAACGCAGCAUCAGCUUCAUCCCCCCUGACGGGGACUAUGAGCUCAUGAGGUACCGCACCACCAAAGACAUCAUCCUGCCGUUCAGGGUGAUACCUCUGGUCCGGGAGGUGGGCCGCACCAAGCUGGAGGUCAAGGUGGUCAUCAAGUCUAACUUCAAACCCUCGCUGCUUGCCCAGAAGAUAGAGGUGCGUAUCCCCACCCCCCUCACCACCAGUGGGGUCCAGGUGAUCUGCAUGAAGGGCAAGGCCAAGUACAAGGCCAGCGAGAACGCCAUCGUCUGGAAGAUCAAGCGCAUGGCAGGGAUGAAGGAGUCUCAGAUCAGUGCUGAGAUCGAGCUGCUGCCCACCAACGACAAGAAGAAGUGGGCGCGGCCCCCCAUCUCCAUGAACUUUGAGGUGCCGUUUGCUCCCUCAGGUCUGAAGGUGCGCUACCUGAAGGUGUUUGAGUCCAAGCUCAACUACAGCGAUCACGACGUCAUCAAGUGGGUCCGCUACAUCGGCCGCAGCGGGAUCUACGAGACGCGCUGCUAGCCCCACCUGCAAGCCCUGCUCACCACCAACUGGCCCAGCCCACUGUCUGCAAAACGUUGCUAGCUUUGGUGACCACCCUCCUCCCUCUCUCCUCCCACACCCCACAUCCCUCCCUCUCCUCCUCCCUCUCCUCCUGCCUCUCUCCUCCUCCCUCUCCUCCUCCCUCUCCCCCUCUCUCCUCCUACAUGUUUAAGGGAGAGGGAUUAACAUUUAAAAAGCAGAGCACAGAUAUAUGAUAUAUGCAGGACGUGAGAUGUUGUGUCAGUGACUUCAGAUGUCUGUUGUGAACACCAGGGGUGUGUGUGUCUGUGUCCUGUACACCCCCCCCCCCCCCCCCUCGUAUUUCUGAGCUCCUCUCCACCCUGUAGUUCUACAUAGCUUACAAGUUCCAUCAUCCUCUCUGGUCUGGUUGCUCACUUCCUGCCUCUGAGCUACUCUGUAAGAGGAUCAUUGAUUGGCUGCCAUGUGUGAGUGGGUGGAACAGACUUGGGCAGUGACUCCACCCCCUGGUGGUCACAUGGUGUUGUCUGAUGUGUCAUGUUUGCAGCCAUGGUUACUGUACUGUCCAAUAAAAUGUGAUCAUGUCCCUAA